CAGCCGGUAGCAUUUUUUACGACUCGUCGGCGCGGUGUUGCUCAUAGCUAAGCAUCAACCGCCAGUUAACCAUGUCCAAUAAAUUUCCCGUUGUCAAGAAUUAUCAGAUGUCGGCUGCGCGGCAACGAGCAGGGGAGGAGUAUUUUCGGCAUGGCGUUCGCCGAAUAAAUACAUACGCUGGGGGAAAAAGUUUAUUAGGUCCCCUUGCACUGUUUAAUUUGGUUCGUCUUCCCAGUACGCAUGCACCUUGAACGCUGUUGUCAUGGUCACCCACGCAUGGGCAGACAGAGGGUCCUCCGCAGUAACCUGACCCACACCCGAU